UCGCUAUAAAUAACUCCGACGGCCUAAUGCUCCUGUCUUUCUCGUUCUAUUUCUUCGAUGCUUCUCCUCCUCGCUCUCUUUUCUCUCCCUCUCGCUUUCGUAUCGGUGCCCUAGAUUUCUCCGUCGUUCGAGAUUUGGUCCUAGGAUUGCGAUUGGUGCGCGGAUUUCGAGGUUCGCGCGGAUCUAGAUCAUUACAUUAUGUUGAUGUAAUAAAUAAAGUAACAAGAAAUUUCUAGGCCUAUUGGAUGCGGUCUAAAAUAUUUUUGUAGAUACUAGAUUUUUUUUCAUGGGGUGAGAAGUGGGGCAAGAUGAUUUUAUACUUCAGAUCUUUGAAAAAUGAAGGAGAAACCGGGUGACGCAGGGCAAUCUGAUCCAAGGACUUCUAAUGCCGCUUGGUGGACCUCAGAUUUUGUGGAGAAGUUACAGGCUGUCUCUUUGGCUCCGCGAGAAGAGACUUUGACUGAUAGAGUGUCUGUAUGCUUGGCAGGAAGAACUGAACACUCAUCUCAGUCUGCUUCUCAGAUAUUGUGGUCCACUGGGACUUUUUCUGCACAAAUACCCAAUGGUUUUUAUUCUAUCAUUCCGGAUAAGAAACUCAAGGAACUUUUUGAUACUAUCCCAUCUUUGGAUGACCUGUGCUCUCUCGGUGCGGAGGGACUUAAGGCAGAUGCCAUUCUUGUAGAUGCUGAGAAGGAUAAGAAGCUUUCGAUGUUAAAGCAGUUAAGCAUAGCAUCAGUGAAAGGAUUAAAUGCAAAUCCAGCUUUACUAAUUAAAAAGAUUGCCGGCCUGGUCUUUGACUUUUAUAAACGCCCUAAUCCAGAGCUAAGUCCUGCAAAAGCUGCAGUAGAGGAUAUCUCUCACUUAGUGGAAAAUAGGGGCAUUCAACUCUUGGGGCAGAUAAAGCAUGGAUCUUGCCGACCUCGGGCAAUUCUAUUUAAAGUUCUUGCAGAUGCUGUUGGUCUUGAGAGCAAACUUAUGGUGGGCCUACCAGAUGAUGGUGCUGUUGAAUGUGCAGACUCGUACAAGCAUAUGUCUGUAGUAGUUGUACUGAAUUCUGUGGAAUUACUGGUUGAUCUUAUGCGCUUUCCUGGACAACUAAUACCAUUUUCAACAAAGGCUAUCUUUAUAUCCCAUAUUUCUGCGGCGGGGGAAAGUGACUCUGCUGAGAAUGACUCGUGUGAUUCUCCCCUGGAACCCAAUAGUCCGUUAUAUGGAUUUUCUGAUAAAAUUGAAGCUGAAGGCCCAGAGCAAGAUGAGAAUAUCCAUUCUUUGCAUCAACGGAGAGUUGAGGCAUCAUCAAAUGUACCUGGCUAUUCGUUGCACAAUGUCAUGCUGAGGUCAACAACUUUUACAGAGGGAAAGUUAAGUGCAUCACAUAGUGAACCCAACAUCACAAAUGCUUUUUGGAGGCGCAGCCGGAGGAAAGCUGUUGCUGAACAACAGCGCACUGCUAGUUCAAGUCCAGAGCAUCCUCUAUUUAGAACACGGGGGAGAUCAAUGCUUAGUGGUGACAGACAAUCAUUCAGGGAAUAUGCAGAUGGUGUAGCUGCAUCAAGGUCAGAUGGUGCAUCGACGUCUGAUCUUCGUAGGAUACGAAGAAGAAGCAUUAGUAUUACACCUGAGAUCAGUGAUGAUAUUGUGAGAGCUGUUCGAGCAAUGAAUGAAACAUUAAAGCAAAAUCGUCUCUUAAGGGAUCAUGGUGAUGAAAGUUCAGGCUUGUGCUCCAGAAAUGACAAGAACUUAAAUGAACCACAUAAUGAUGAUGAAGUAUCCGGUAGACUAUCUGGUACUUACAAUGACUCAAGAAAGCAAACAAAUUCCAUGCCGAAGGCUGUAUCACUACCUUCAUCACCCAAUGAAUUCAGGGGUCAGACUUCAGAGAGAAGUGGAGCUUCUGAUUUUCUAAGAACAGAAGAUUUGGUAUCAUCAACUUGGAACAAAGUCUUGCAGUCUUGUCCAUUUCUGAAUAAGCCUUUAUUACCUUUUGAAGAAUGGAAUAUUGAUUUCUCAGAGUUAACUGUUGGAACACGUGUUGGGAUAGGGUUUUUUGGAGAGGUCUUCCGCGGCAUAUGGAAUGGUACAGAUGUUGCCAUCAAAGUUUUUCUAGAACAAGAUCUUACAGCUGAAAAUAUGGAAGAUUUCUGUAAUGAAAUAUCCAUACUGAGCCGUCUUCGGCACCCAAAUGUUAUAUUAUUUCUUGGUGCAUGCAUGAAACCUCCUCAUUUGUCAAUGGUUACUGAAUACAUGGAGAUGGGAUCAUUGUAUUAUCUUAUACAUUUGAGCGGCCAGAAAAAGAAACUCAGUUGGCGUAGGAGAUUGAAAAUGCUCCGUGACAUCUGCAGGGGGUUGAUGUGCAUCCACCGGAUGAAGAUAGUUCAUCGUGAUCUGAAAAGUGCAAACUGCCUUGUUAAUAAACAUUGGACAGUUAAAAUAUGUGAUUUUGGGCUUUCACGAGUCAUAGCAAACACUCCCUUGAGCGAUAACUCCUCCGCAGGCACCCCAGAAUGGAUGGCUCCUGAACUUAUACGCAAUGAACCUUUUACGGAGAAAUGUGACAUUUUCAGCCUUGGAGUUAUAAUGUGGGAGCUUUGCACUCUGAGUAGACCAUGGGAAGGUGUACCUGCAGUUCAAGUAAUAUAUGCAGUUGCUCACCAAGGAACAAGAUUGGAGAUUCCUGAAGGUCCCCUUGGCAAGCUAAUAGCAGAUUGUUGGGCAGAACCCCAUGAGCGGCCUAGCUGCCAGGAAAUACUCACCCGCCUGCUCGACUGCGAGUAUGCCCUCUCUUGAUCUGAAUUGUAGUUUGUGCAUGUACAGCAAGUGAAGAGACACUCGACUUCUAGCCGCGGCUUAAGUUGUAAAUUAGCUUAUGUUUUGGUGCAAUAGAUGAGUUUCUUAAGCUUCACUACAGCAUCGAUAUAUUGUAAUUUCUUGUCAAAAAUAUAGAAAUAUGAAACAUCAAUGAAAUAUGCAUUGUGUUUAUUUUGUAUG